GUGGACGGUCGGUUGAAUACGUGAAAAUUUAUUUUUUGAAAACCACGCAAUUGAAGUAUAAAAAAGACGUUCGUUUAAAAUAAUUUUAAAAUAUUAACAUAAAAUAAUAGUCAAUUAUUUGCACACAAAAGUAAAAUUCAAGUGAAAAGUGUGAAAAUAAAAAUCGUUGAACGAUUUUUCGCUAAAUGCCAAAAGCAGUUCUUAGAGUGCAAAAGAAAAAGUAACGGUAAAGUGUAAUGCAAAAUUAAACAAAAUUUAAUUACUAUUCAAAACCAAUUGCCCACAACAAAAGCAAAGAAUCAAUAAAGUUUAAAAAGAAAUUAUACUAAACAGAAAAUGUGAAUAAUAGAUUUAUAGUAUAAAUGUAAACAAAAAACAACUCAACUCUAAAAACUAAUUUACAUAAAACCAGAAAAAAUGUCUUACAAAAAUUGGCAGCCAUUGUUGUGAGCUCUCGAAUUCAUUGUCGUUUUAUAUGUAAAUUGUUUUAUUACACAUAAACCAAAUAUUAUUACACCAAAAAUUAAUUUAAGUUAUUAAAAUAUUAUAAAACAACUACAAUAAAAUUAAAACGCCAAUAAUUCCCUUUAAAAAGUUAAAUUGAAAAAAAAAACAUAACAACAUAAUGUUAAAAGUCCAAAUGAUGGAACAACAACAAGUUGGUGGAGGUAACAAUGAUUCUAACAGAGAUUCUACUACUUCAACUACUAGUGUUAAGCAGCAGCCAGAAUCAACAUCACCCAAACGCAUGAGUAGUGGCGGUGGUGGUGGCAGUGGUAGUAUUAUUACAAAAACACCCACCUCAUCGCCCUUACAUCAUCCAGUGCCACAGAGACAAAUGACUACUGGUAGUAUUAAGUCGGCUAGUCAGGGCUCAUCGCCUGCAGGACGUCAACAUGCCUUUAUGGCUGGUACCACAACAAAAGGUAGUGGCGGUAGUUUAACCCACAGUCCCGAAAGAUUAAGAGGCGCUACACAUGAUCUCUUUGAAUUGCUGGAACGAGUACAGUGUUCUCGUUUAGAAGACCAAAGAUGUGAACUCCCACCGUAUUUUUCUCAGACACAUCACCGCAACUCAAACGAUGAACGUGUACCCAACCCACAUUCACCUCAUGACAUCAACGCUAGUAAUAACAUGCACAUUGUCACACCUCAUAGUUUGCAGCAUUCUGCUUCACGCUCUACCAUGAGACAUUCCAUGUCGAAUUCCUCUAGUAGCACACCCGCUUCUCCUCAACUCAGUGGCAUCAUCACUGCCAGCGGUGGUCAACUGCUAUCGAACGGUCAUCACUAUCAAUCACAAUCAUCGUCACAAUCUUCAAUAAUCUCAACGAUACCAGCAUCUCAGCGAGUGCUGGAGGAGGUCCUGGGCAAAGGUGCGCCGUAUCCCAUGAUUUGUUUGCCCUCGUCUGGUUAUUGGGUAGAUGGUACCGAUCAUGAGUGCACCUAUGAUUCAAGGGGCAACCCCAUGUUGCCUCAAACCACUUGGAUGGCUAAAUUCGAAACAGACGACACAGCUAAAUGUUAUCGUCGGUUUUACGCUGCCCGAGAACACUCCAAUUUAGUGGGCUAUGAUGAACAAUUGGGCCCAGUCUUGAUCUCUAUUAAAACAGAAAAUGUGGCCAAUCAAGAGCACAUACGUAUCUUGUUGCGUCUGAGAACUGGCACUAUGCACGAAUUGAUCCCUGUAUCGUGUUUAGGACCCACACCCAGUCCCAACAAAAUGGUUCGUUUGUUAAACGAUCAAAUCAAUGUCGACAGUUUUAUGCCCGUUCUAUGCCCAAAGGCUUCACAGCUGAUUGGAGUGUACGAUGAACAUGUUCUAGUAUCGAAUUUUAAAUUCGGUAUUUUAUACCAAAGAUAUGGCCAAACUACCGAGGAAGAACUGUUCAGCAACAACAACUCUUCGGCUGCUUUCGAGGAAUUUCUGGAUGUAAUCGGUCAACGUAUCAAACUUAAAGAUCACAAAGGCUAUAGAGGUGGAUUGGAUAUUCAAAAUGGUCACACUGGAGAUACUGCAAUCUAUGAAGUGUUCAAGGAACGUGAAAUAAUGUUCCAUGUUUCCACCAUGUUGCCAUAUACUGAGGGAGAUCCACAGCAAUUACAACGUAAACGUCACAUUGGCAAUGAUAUAGUCGCGAUCGUAUUCCAAGAAUCGAAUACGCCUUUUUCGCCCGACAUGAUUGCCAGUCAUUUCUUGCAUGCCUUCAUCGUAGUACAACCCUUGGAACCAAACACCCCCAAUACGCGUUACAAGGUCAGUGUGGCGGCCCGCGAUGAUGUACCCUUUUUCGGUCCCACCCUUCCUAAUCCCGCAGUUUUCCGCAAGGGUCAGGAGUUUAAAGAGUUUCUUCUAACAAAAUUAAUUAAUGCUGAGAACGCUUGCUAUAAGGCCGAAAAGUUUGCAAAAUUAGAGUUACGAACUCGUACGUCUCUUUUACAAAAUCUGGUAGACGAAUUAAAAGAGAAGACUAGAGAAUUUCUGGGUGCCGAUUUGGUUGGCCAAAUGGCUGCCAGUCCUACACCAGAAACCCCAAAAGCCGACAAUACCACAGCGGGAUCACGUUUUAUUGAUACAGUCAAGAAAGCCUUGAUUUCGCGUGUACGCUCACAAAGUGUAGAUACCAGUAAUUUGGCGAAUGUUGAGAAAUUCUGUGUUUCCACCAAAAUGAAUUCCUCGGCCACUAGCACGAAUUCGAAGAAAGAUACGAGUUUGACAGAGACGCCUAUUUUAAAUACUUGUAGUCGCACUGCUUCCAAAUCUUCUUCGAAGUCAAAAUCUUCUAAUGACUCAACUUCAUCCUCACCCGAUAUCACAUCCCGAGGUCCCUUAAAUAACGGCACAAUGAAUAACAAUAAUGACCAUUGUUCGCUAACAAACAACAGCAAAGAUUUACAGAACGGAAACAAUUCCAACAACGGUGGUACUACAACCAACUGCGGUGGUGCUGCCGCCACUAUGUCCGAAACUAGUGAUGAUUCCAGCUUAAACAGUGUAGAUCUGGAUCCAAUGAUGGGUCAUUUAGAUGGCGGCGCUGCCUAUAUUGACAGCGAUACUGGUUUGGAGUCCAUGUCUUCGGCAGAGGCUACCACAAAGGCUUGCUCUUUGUGUUUGGAUGGUUCACAGGGUAUGAUGGGUUCAUCACCUAGCAAUGAAACUAUGGUUAUGAUUGAGAAUCUGAGACAGGAGGUGACCAGACUAAAAUGUGACAAAUUAGAUUUGUUGAGACAGAAUGUGACUUGCCAACGUGACAUUAAACGUCUGCGUGAACGUGAACUUUCCCUACAAGGUGAUUUGGCAGCGGCCGGUAAAGAAAUUUUACGCUUAAGAGAUCUUCUCAAAGAAUACAUGCCCGAUUUGGCAGCCUCGCCACUUUCGAUUUCUCCCAUUUAAACUGCAGUUGAAGACGAAAUUCAAUUAUCGGCUAUGAAACAACGUAAACAACAACGACUAUUUAAGGAGAGAUUUCCAAAUGUAUUAUUGCUAAACGAAAAGAAACAAAUUUGCCAAGCAAAUUCUACCAAUUGUGCCGUGUAAAACACUUUGCAAACUAACAAACAAAAACAAAAUGCUAAGCACAAAAACCAAAACCAUUAACAAUCUGUGAAUCCCGGGGGAAAAUGUUAUUUUUUUGAAAAAGAUAAAAAGGAGACAAGAAACGUUUGACGAGCAACCACAACACAAAAUGAAUUCAUUUUAUUUAUAUUAUUAUUUUUAUUUUUAAUUAAUUUUAUUUAAUACGUUAUUAAUACUAAACAUUUAACAUAAUAAAAUGUAAUGUAAUAAGAAAAGAAAACAUACACCACACCAACACAAAUAUCUACACCAAAAAUAUAAUUUAAGUUUUUAAUUUUAACAACUACCGCAAAGAAAAAUCAAAUAAAUUUAUAAAAUUUAAGAAAACAUGUGAGAAAAACAAACUUAAACCCUAUACUCUUAAAUUGGAAUUAAAAAAAUAAAUGAAAUCUCUCAGUUUUUGAUAAAAAAAAAAACAAGUAUUAGCGAAAAGUUCUGUUGAAAAUUAUAGGAAGAAAUUAUAUAAAUGGUAAAAUAUUACAGAUACAUUAGUAAGCAACGCAGACUUUUCAAUUAAGUUUGCAAAUUAAUAUUUGUUGAAAAUUACUUCAGAAUCUUGCAAGCUGUUAACUAAAUCUGUUAUAAAAAACAAGAGCUUGUUUUUAAAGUUGGAAGAUAAAAUACUAAACCACUAGUAACAGUAUUUAACAUUUAUAAGAAAUACAUAAAAUCUAUAGCACAUAAUUAUUAAUGCAAAAAUAUAAAGUUUAAACAAGUUUAAAAACUAAUAUAGAGAAUUAUAUACCAAAUAAUAGCAAUAUAUGAAAUCAUAACAACAAUCUUAUUGUUUAUUCAAUACUAAAAUAUACUACUAUUAUUAUUUUUUCUAAAAAUUUCUUUUUACACAGAUUACACAGUAAACUCUAACAAAAAGCCUUUAAUAACUAAAACCAAACAUUUAUCUUUUAUACUAAAACAUAAAAAUACCAGCAUAAACAAUACCAUUUAUAUAAACAUUUUAACCAUCAAUCUAUUUCUUGUAAUAUUUAGUUCUAAACCCAAAUCCUUUUGUAUAUAUUUUUUAUAAAAAAAAAAACAAUCUUAUAAUUUGUUUUAUUUUUAAAUUUAAACUACAUUUAUUUAUACAUAUUUACUUAUACGUAUAUAUAUUUUGUGAAAAAAUGUUUUAUUUCUAAAAUCUUUAUUAUAAACAUUGAAUAGAAAACAAAUCGUAAUUAAGUUUAGUGCAUAUAAUAAGGAGCAAGAAUACAUGUGUAAACAUUACACCACUUACAUACAUACAUACAAAUUAUGCAAAUAAUAUCCAUAAAAAACUUUCGUUGAAAAUAUUUUGUAAUUUAAUAUGAGAAAUGUUAUGAAACAAAUAAACUUUUGAAAUAUAUUUACUAUGAAAUACAAAAAAAAAAAAAAAAAACAAUAUUUAUUAAAUCGUAGUAUUUUCUCGAAAUUAUGAUAAAGUAAAAUAACAUUUAAUGCAUUGAUUGUUGUUUUCACAAUAUCUUCUCAAAUGCAUAUUAAUCAUACUCACAAAAUUUAAAUGAAAAAUUAAGAAACGUAGAAAGUCACAAGUCUUCUUAUUUUUUUCUAUUGUUAAUUUUGUUUGUUAAUCAUUCUUCAAUCAAUUGAAAUCGAAUUAUUUUCCAAUUCGUUUGUUCUCCCAAUGUUUUUAUUUGCAUUUAAAUUAUUAAUUACAAUUAAAAAGAAAAAAAAAGAAGUACAGGAACUGUUUUUUUGUUAAAACUUUUUUAUAUUCAUAUUUUUUUAUUAUUAUUAUUAAUUAUUAUGUAGUUUAUAAGAUUAGAGAGACAUUAACAUGUUAAGCAUACAUUAUGUAGACGUACAUACAUACAUAUAUACAAACAAACCAGCAAAAAGUAUACAAAUACAUACAAACACACAGGUGUAUAUGAUGUGGCAAUUGUAUACAAAACCAAAAGAAAAUACAUUUUCAAAAUGCAUGCAGAAAUGAGGUAGAAUAAAAAAGCCUACAUACAUACAAAAAAAAUAUUAAGCAAAAUUAUUCAACUCUUUUUUUAUAGCAAGAUGAAGUACAUUCAUAAUAAUGAAAUAUUAAUAAAAUCAAACAAAUAUAAUAAUUUAAUGAAAACUAAAAGAAAA